AUGUCGGCCAAAAAGAAGGACCUCAUGACCUUCAACUUCCGAACGAUGAAAUUUGAACCUUGUCAUGAUCGACAAAAAGCAGACGAUGCGAAGGCAUAUUAUUGGAAGAAGCUUUCAGAAGAACCUCAGGUUCAGGAGAUAGUGAAGGCUUUUAAUGCGCUGAGAUCCGCAAAAGAUAAUCUCCGGAAGCUUAUUGACGGUUCUACCAAAAAGGAGGUUGGCGCCGACGUGCUGAAAAAUAAGAAUAUUCUAUUAAUCAUUUCGGGCUUCUCUAACGACGAUAUCUUGAAGUUGAAGUCAAUCUAUGAAGGAGCAACGUCGAAGAAGGACAAUUAUAAAAUUGUAUGGAUCCCAAUGGUGGAGCAGAUCAGCGCCUGGACCGUUGACGUGUGGAAUAUGCUAAUAACUGAGAAACCGUGGUACGUAUUGCCGUGCUCUUCAUCACUAGCUGCAUCAGGCAGCCAAUUCAUGAUCAUGAGUAAGGAGUGGCAGUUCAAGAAUGAGUUUAUCAUGAUGGUGAUGGACAUAAAAGGUAAGGAUAAAGUCACAAAUGCAUUCCGCCUGAUUACAACGCCAACGACUGAAAUGAAUGCCUCAGCUUCCACUAAUCCAGAUGAAAAGGCGCAAAAACCUAGAAAGCAUAAGGAGAAAAGUAGUGUAAUUGUGUCUUCUGGAGGACCAGAAGAACCGAAGAAAAGAAAUUACGAAUUCUACUAUAGAGGCACGAACGAUGAAUGGAACGAUACAUUUUUUGAGAAAGCAAAUAAAGUGGGUCAAGAUGUGCUCAUAAUCCAGCUAGGCAUUUCUGUAAAGUCGUUCAGGGUUUCAUCGGAGAUGGAAAUAAAAGAGGCUAAACAACGUUUAAAGGCCGUAAAUGAUCCAAUAUUUUCGAAUGAUAUGAGCGUUUCAUUUGUUGUGCUGAGAGAGGAAGAUAAAGUGUUGCUGUCUGGUCCUGGGGAUAAAAUACUGGAAGUCUUGGAGCGUUUUGGCGAGCAAUGGAAGAAGGAAGUUGAAAAAAAGGGCUUUGCAAGAAGUUUCUUGGAGAGCUACGAGAAUAUUUGA